AUGGCCCGUCGCACCCCCUCUCAUAGCCAACCAGAUCCAUCCAUGCACGCUCAUGACCUGGUCGCUUCGAUUGCCCGUGCCACUAGCUCAGUCAAUGCCGCCACUUCCGGCGUCCGCGCAGUCGCUGCGUUUCCUGCCGAUCAAGCUCAAUUAACAUAUUCUCAGGUAAUCGUCAGCAUUGCGCAACUCCAGUCAGCUGUGUCUGAUUUGUCGAAAGCCUACAUCAACCAUGCCAACACCGUCCUGAACCGUGGACCCGCCACUGUUGAUUUUGCAUCUAUCACCAGUGGCAUCACCAACUCUCUGUGGGAAAGUGGCCUGCUGGGCCACCGCCCCACCAGCCCCGGCACGAAGUCCGAAGCGGGCGACGGCAAGAAGAAGCGCAAGCGCGCUCCUCCUGACCCCAAUGCCCCCAAGCGCGCCCUGACCCCGUUUUUCCUCUUUAUGCAGCAUAACCGCAGAAAGAUCGCUGAGGAGAUGGGUCCUACUGCCAAACCCAAAGAAGUCUCCGACGAGGGAACCCGCCGCUGGGCCGAGAUGCCGGAGGCGAACAAAGAGGUCUGGAAGAAGCUCUAUGCGGACAAUCUCGCCGUUUACAAGGAAAAAAUGAAAGCCUACAAGGCUGGCCUUCCUUUCACUGAUGAUGACAACACCAGAGCGGCCAACCAAUUGCAGCAAGACGUAGAAGGUAUUUCUGCCUCUGGCGCAGAGGAGUCCGAGGAGGAGAACGAAAACGGAGAACAGGAGCAGGAACAGGAAGAGGAGGAGGAAGAAGAGUCUUCUCCCGAACCGGUCAGAGAGCCUACUCCACCGCGCAGUGUCAAGCGUCGCCGCAGCGAGGCCAAGUCCAAGGAGGUCUCCACCCCUAUCGCUGAGAAGAAAGAGUCGCCCGAGAAGAAGAAACGCGUCUCUGCGCGGAAGGCAGCGGAUAAGGAGGAGCCCACCUCCACUCGCAAGGCGGUUGGCGGUGAUAAGCGCAGCAAGAAAAAGCGCAAGAGCGAGGCGAAUGCCGACGAUUGA